AUGAAGCUGCCCAGUCUCCAUCCGAUAUCCUGGGCAAGCGACCUGCUGAUGGAUGGCUUGUGCAACGACAAGGAGCGUGGCAUUUUCAUUAUCGGCAUGUAUGCACUUUGGAUGCUACGGAACCAGCGACGACAUGGUGACAAUCACAAACUAGUCAGUGCUGCGGUCCGUUGGUCACUUGACACAGCCAUUGACUUAUGGAACUUGAACAAGCCGAUGAAUUCGGUGAAGGAGAGGAACAAUGUGCAGCAAUGGCACGCGCCGCCGGCCGGUUGGUUCAAAUGCAACACUGAUGGUGCUUUUUAUCCGGACCAAGGGCAAGGUCCGUCAGGGGUAGCUCUCCGAAACGACUCAGGUCUCUUUGCUGGUGGACAGGCAAGGUGGUACCCCCAGGGCCUUGAUGCAUUGACCCUGGAAGCUUUGGCUUGCCGGGAUGGUGCUGUUCUAGCUCGGGAUUAG